CGGGGGGCAGCCGGGCCGUGCAGGACGGCCACCGAGGCAGACCACAGGAAAUGACCCGGCCGGCGCGGUCACGGAUGCCAAGGGUCCGGCCGGCGCUCGCCGCGCGCCUGCAGACGGGGAGCGCGCGGCCCAGAGAUGCGCGCGGGCAUCCUCCGCGCCCAGCGCGGCCCCGGCCGGCGCCUGCCCGGCCCCGAGCGCAGCCUGCCCGCCGCCGCGCUGCUGCUGGCCCUGCUGGCCUGCGGCCUGGCCGCGCUGGCCCUGCAGCGCCUGGCCGCGCUGCAAGCCGAGCUGGACGGGCUGCGCGCGCGCCUGCCGCCGGGGCCCGGGCCGGGCGCGCCUCCCGCGGGCACCUGGGCGCUGCAGGGCCGUAGCAACGCCAGCGACGGCGGCCGCAGGAGGCGCGCGCUCCCGGGCGCCGAGGACGCAGUCACUCAAGACUGCUUGCAACUGAUCGCAGACAGCGACACGCCCGUGAUACGGAAAGGGGCCUACACCUUUGUGCCCUGGCUGCUCAGCUUUAAGCGGGGACAAGCCUUGGAGGAGAGAGAGAACAAAAUCCUGGUCAAGGAAGCGGGCUACUUCUUCAUCUACGGCCAGGUGUUGUACACGGACAGCACCUUCGCCAUGGGGCACCUCAUACAGAGGAAGAAGGUCCACGUCUUCGGGGACGAACUGAGUCUGGUGACGUUGUUCCGGUGCAUCCAGAACAUGCCGGAGACGCUCCCCAAUAACUCCUGCUACUCGGCGGGCAUCGCCAGGCUGGAGGAAGGAGAUGAGCUGCAACUGGCCAUCCCUCGGGAGGACGCCAGGAUCUCCCGGGACGGGGACGCCACCUUCUUUGGGGCACUGAAGCUGCUGUGAUGCACACCUCUCGGUGGCCUUCCUCUCCCUCCCUCCGCACCUCCGGGAGAAAACGCCCGAAGGAACACCAGCCCCCCUCCCCGUGGCCUUGUCCAUGAGCUCUUGGUUUGGGUUUGCUGAAACCAGACCGGACAGGAAAUUUGACAGACAACCACAGCCCCAGGGUGUCAUGUGAACGACAAGAAAUGGAGAAGACGGAGGACACAGGCCCCUCACCGCGCUGCCACGUUCGCCCGCUGAGUCACCGCUGCUGGGCGGCAGGAAGGGCUGGCUCAGAGGGGAGCGAGCACUUCUUCAAAGCCGCAAUCUUCCUAUCGACUCCAGAACCAGUGCCCAAGUCUGCAGGACUGCAGGCAUGGGGCGGGGGGUGGGGGAAUCUCAGAACGCAUCAUGUAUGUGUAUGCUAAAGGCACACCACCCCCUUCUCAAUUAAUAGUGUGUAUGUGUGGGGGGGGGUAAAAGCAGUUCUACAAAUUGCGUGGAUAUGUGAAAAGGAAUUCCUUUCCACUUGGACAUAUUCGGCCAUUGGAACCAAGCAAUUGUGCAAGUGCUCCUGAAAUGUCCCUGUUUAGUUUCGGUUUGCAGUUCCUCUCCUUCUAUGAUCUGAUGCAGUUCCUCUCCUUCUAUGAUCUGAUAUAGUUUCUCUCCUUCUGUGAUCUGAUCUAGUUUCUCUCCUUCUAUGAUCUGAUGCAGUUCCUCUCCUUCUUCUAUGAUCUGAUGUGGUUUCUCUCCUUCUAUGAUCUGAUAUAGUUUUUCUCCUUCUAUGAUUCGAAGCAGUUUCUCUUCUUCUAUGAUGAAAUUUCUCUCCUUCCGUGAUCUGAUCUAGUUUCUCUCCUUCUAUGAUCUGAUGCAGUUUCUCUCCUUCUAUGAUCUGAUGCAGUUCCUCUCCUUCUUCUGUGAUCUGAUGCGGUUUCUCUCCUUCUAUGAUCUGAUCUAGUUUCUCUCCGUCUAUGAUCUGAUGGCAGAACAAUCUUCGCAGGACAGAAAGAGCUCUCUCCUGUGUCCGUGCCAAUAGGUAUUGAUUUCGUCUAUGGCUGCUUGCUUUUCCUUCAGAAGUUUUAAGGGCGGGGGUGAUCCCAGUGCAGGCACAUAAGGCAUCGAUUGAAGAAUGUCUGUUAGGUAAGAAGUCUCCAAUGUGAGUUGAGGGAGACAUUUGUGAUGAUGUGACAGAGUUUUAGUCCCCUCUUGCUUUGGUGAUGACAGUGUCCUGGAUCUGUGGGGAAAGCUCCUGCCUCGUGGACUGUGCCACGUGCAAGCACCUGCUCCCAUGAGCUCUGCACUUAGCCACGUGUCUGAGCCAUGCUGGACGCUGCUUUCCUGGCCUUGCCUGCCUGUGUCCAGGGUCAGCUGGCCCUCGCCACACACCGUCCCUCUUCCAACACAGAGGCGGUCUGUGUGGGCCUCCAGUCGGCCCGCAGGUGUCUGUAAGGAUACGCUUGUUGAGACCAAGAGAAGUUGUGUUGUUUUGUGUCUCAAAUAAAAUUUUGUUUAAAGCUUUUGAAUCC